AUGGGAGGAAAGCACCCUAUAUCAAUUUUCACUGAUCAAGAUGCAGCUAUUGCUGCUGGAAUAGAACAUGUUUUUCCUUCUUCAAGACACAUGUUAUGCUUGUGGCACUUGAGUAAAAAUGCAAACAGUAGGUUUGGUUUAUUGAAGUAUGAUAAAAACUUCAAAAACGCAUUCUACAAGUGUUUAAGUGGGUGUAUAACACCAAAUGAUUUUGAAGAAACUUGGAAAUCUAUGAUCAAAACUUUUAAGCUGGAAAAAGAUGACUGGUUCAACAGAUUGUAUGGUCUUAAAGAAAAAUGGUGUACAGCUUUAACAAAUGUAUACACGAUAACACUUUUCCGUGAUUUUGAAGAAGAGUUCAAGCUUUCUGUGGCAAGUAGUACAAUGUUCAAGGGAAGUGUAGGAAGAACAGUGUUUUUUGAAGUGUGGAUAGAAGGAAUAACAGGAUCAAGGCAAGAAGUUCAAUACAAAAUGGAAGAUUCAACCGUCACUUGCACAUGCAAAAACUUUGAAGAAUCUGGAUGGUUGUGCUUCCAUUGUUUAAGAAUAUUGCAUUUACAUUCAAUCAAUACAAUUCCAGAUCGUUACAUAACAACAAGAUGGACUAGAUAUGCAAAGAAACAGAUAUGGGAAAGGGUUGAUACAAUAAAAAGGGAGAAAGGUGAAAUCAACAAUUUUACUGGUUGGAGAUUACAUAUGAUCAGAGGGCAUAAGAUAGCAAAGGCCAGAAAAUUUAUCGAGGAGAAGUUUAAAAUGGAUAAUAAAGCAGUUGAUGAAAUCAUAAAAAAGGAAGAAGAAAGGAAGGCAAAAGAAGAAGCUGCAAAGAUAGCAGAACAAGAAAAGGCAAAAGCUGAAGCACAACGAGAAACACAAGACGGGGAAUCAACUAAUUCUGAAAUAACAAUUGUGCUUGAUCCUGAUCGUGCUAAUACUGAAGGAAAGAGUAAGAAGAGAAUAAAGGGUCAAUAUGACAAUUACAAGCAGCCAUCAAAGAAAGGAAAAAAGAAACACAAAGAAUUUGGAUCCAAGACACCCAAUAUUCAAUUAUUUACACCUAAAGAACAACUAUUUUAG